AUGGCGGUGACCAAGGAAGAGGAAAGACUCAAGAACUACGUGUACCGGCGGUGGGGGCCCUACCUCGCCGAGCGGCAAUGGGCGACGGUGCGGGAGGACUACUCCCAUGACGGCAACGCCUGGGACGACUUCCCCUUCAGCCAGCUGAUGCUGAGAGCCUACCGGUGGGGGGAAGACGGCCUCGCCGGGGUGCUGGACAAGCACCAGUUGAUGAACUUGUCGCUCGCGAUGUGGAACGGCAAGGACGACAUCUUGAAGGAACGGUUGUUUGGCCUUACUAAUGGCCAGGGCAAUCACGGCGAGGACGUCAAGGAAAAGUACUGGUACCUCGACAACACCCCGUCCCACCUGUACAUGAAAUACUUGUACAAGUAUCCCAUCAACCGGUUCCCUUACGAGCAAUUGGUGGAAAAGAACGCCGAGCGGUCGCGGGUUGAACACGAGUACGAGCUUGAAGACACCGGCAUUUUCGACGAAAAUGAAUACUUCGACGUGUUGUUUGAGAUGGCUAAAGGCGACGACGACCCUGAACAGUUGUUCUUCCGUGUCACCGCCUACAACCGCUCGCUGAAGCCGGCGCCGUUGCACUUGGUGCCCCACAUGGUGUUGCGGAACACGUGGCUGUGGGGGAAUUUCGACAAGAACCUGGGCCAGGAGCUGCUGGCGUCGCGCCCCUACCUUAAGCAAGUCGACGACUACACCAUUGAGGUGAAGACAGAGCGUUAUGGCAUCCGCUACUUGUCGUUUGCCCCCGCCCCCGGUCCCACCGAAGAGUCUGACGACGUGUUCCCGGAAUUCUUGUUCACCGAGAACGAAACUAACAUGAAGCGGUUGUACGACCAACCCAAUGCUCAACCCUACGUUAAGGACGCCUUCCACGACCACAUCAUCCACAACACCCCUGACGUCGUCAACCCCAAACACGAAGGUACUAAAUUCGGUGCCUGGUUUAAGUUUGACGAGGUUCCUGCCGGCGAUUACGUCACCUUGCGGUACAAGUUGGAGAAGAACCAGACUGACGUCGACGAGUUUGAGGUCGAUCAAGUGUUCCAACGCCGUCAGCACGAAGCCGACGCUUUCUACUGGAGAGUGACGCCGUUGCCUAUCCCCGACGAAUUGAGACAAGUGCAAAGACAGGCGUUUGCUGGGUUGUUGUGGACGAAACAGUUCUACUACUUUGUCCACCACUUCUGGCAAGAAGGUGACCCCAACUUCCCUCGUCCUGCUCCCAACCGGGCUGGCGGCAGAAACAAAGAGUGGAAGCACUUAUUUAUUGAUGACGUGUUGUCACUCCCUGAUAAGUGGGAAUACCCAUUCUUUGCUGCCUGGGACACGGCGUUCCACUGUAUCCCAUUUGCCAUGAUUGAUCCUGACUUUGCCAAGAACCAAAUCGAUUUGCUCACUCGGGAAUGGUACAUGCACCCCAACGGGCAGAUUCCUGCCUACGAGUGGAACUUCUCUGACGUCAACCCUCCCGUUCACGCGUGGCUGGCGUAUCGGAUCUUCAAGAUUGAACGUAAGAUGUACGGUCGGGAAGACUUUGAUUUCUUGGAACGGGUAUUCCACAAACUCAUGCUUAACUUCUCGUGGUGGGUGAACCGUAAGGAUGCCGAAGGCAACAAUGUGUUUGAAGGUGGUUUCCUCGGCUUGGAUAACAUUGGUGUGUUCAAUCGGCUGGAAGAAUUGCCUACGGGUGGGCACUUGGAACAAGCCGACUCCACUGGGUGGAUGGCGUUCUUCGCGUUGCAAAUGAUGCAAAUUGCAUUGGAAUUGGCGAAGAAGAGACCUGUCUACGAAAACAUGGCGGGUAAGUUCUUUGAGCACUUCACGAUUAUCGCCGAUGCUUUGACGUAUAACCUGAGCAAACAGGCGUCGUUGUGGGAUGAGACAGACAAAUUCUACUACGAUCUGAUCCGUUUUGACGACAACCACACCGAGGCGUUGCCGGUGCGAUCGCUUGUGGGGCUUAUCCCCUUGUACGCGCUGAUGACGCUUGAACCUGAAGUCCUCAAGCAAUUCCCCACUUUCACUAAGCACUUGAACUGGUUCAUCCGUACCCGGAAGGGGUUGGCGCUGCGUAACAUUGCCCUGAUGGAAGAAAAGGGGGCUGGCGAGCGUAUUUUGCUUGCCCUCGUUGACAAGGACCGCUUGGUGGCAAUCUUGGACCGUAUGCUUAACGAAGACGAAUUCUUGUCUGACUACGGUAUUCGUUCGUUGUCCAAGUACCACAAGGACCAUCCGUUCGUGAUGAACGUCAAUGGCCAAGAAUACAAGGUCGAGUAUCUCCCUGGCGAGUCAGACCUGGGGAUGUUUGGUGGUAACCUGAAUUGGCGUGGUCCUAUCUGGUUCCCCGUCAACUUCUUGCUUGUGGAAGCGUUGCAACGUUUCUACUUGUACUAUGGCGCUGACCUCAAAGUUGAGUGUCCUAAGGGUUCAGGCACCUACUUGAACCUUGCCCAAUGUGCCCAAGAAAUUGAGUAUCGGUUGAUGCACUUGUUCAUGCCUGACGAAAAUGGUAACCGUGCCUGUAACGGCGACAGCAAGCUCGACAACCAUGACCCGUACUUUAAGGACUACGUGCCGUUUUACGAAUACUUUGAUGGUGACACUGGUCGCGGUUUAGGGGCGCUGCAUCAAACUGGAUGGACUUCGUUAGUGGCGAAGUGGAUCCAGGAUCACGGGAUGUCGUGUCGCAUGCCUCGUACCCCUACCAGCUCUCUGACCCGCCGCAACUCGUUCUACCUGCCGCUGGACGACGAGCUGAAGGAGAACGAACAGAUCAAGCAGUUUGCUCCGAAGCUGGGCCCGUUCCCGGGUACGUUGCUGCGGAGAAAGAGUGGCAAGUCGCUUCUCAACUUGACUACCCACGCCCUUGACAUGGAUGAUGAAGAACGCAAACACAAUGCCACCAGUACCACCCAAGGAAUCGCCCAGACGGUGGCUCAGCUGGAGCUUAUCAAGGAUUUGGUUAAGGACGACUUGGAAGAGUUAUCUGAUAAGAACGAAGAGUAUGACGACCAAUUGAUCCACGAAAUCAAGAACGCGUUCAAGAGCUGGUCGUGCAAGGAUGAUAAUGACAUGAGCGAGUUUGACGAACUUGAAAACCGCUUCGACCGCAACGAAUAG